AUGUUUGUAUUUGCAUAUGUUUCCUUACAUGUUCUUGAAUUUAGUUUAUUGAUCUCCUUUACCGAAGACCGGAACGCUCCAUUAUAUGAAGGGAUCUUCUAUUCCGUUGGUCUUUUCGUCUGUGGUAUUCUUCGCUCUCUUCUGCUCAACAAUUAUUACACGAUGAUGACUCGUGUAGGAACGAAGAUUCAAAGCGUCUUGACUGCAGCAGUCUACAACAAGACUCUAAAGCUUUCGAACUCGUCCAGGAGGCAAAAGACACACGGUGAAAUCGUUAAUUUAAUGGCCAUCGACGUGGAUCGUUUCCGUUUGAUUACGCCCCAGUUGCAGCAAUAUUGGAGCAGCCCCUUGCAGGUUAUUGUUUGUAUGUUUCUACUGUGGCAAACCAUUGGCUACGCUGUAAUCGCAGGGUUCUUUGUCAUGGUAGUGAAACUAUACGCUUGGGAACCGGCAAUGGAAGCUGUGAUUGAAAAGAUUCGAGCAAUUGAAAUAGCACUUCUCCGCAAAGCUGCUGUGGCUAGAACUGUGGCUGACAUCCUCAACAUUGCAACACCUUUUCUCGUUGCAUUGGUAACGUUUACUACCUACACUUUACUGUCAUCCAGUAAUGUCCUAACUCCUCAAAUUGCCUUCGUUUCUCUAACACUUUUCAAUCAAUUGCGAGCACCGCUUAUUAUGGCAGCUGAACUUAUCUCACAGACUGUUCAGGUUGUCGUUUCAAACAAACGUCUCAAAGAGUUUCUGGUAGCCGAGGAGUUGUCGGAGACCACAGUUGAUGUUGACGAAGAUGGGGAAUGUAAGUGA